AUGUCUGACCCAGCCGCCGAAGCGCCAUCCUACAAACCAUCUAUCCCCAACAGCACCCGAGACGUACGGGAGUGGAGCCAGUCUACUUCAAACCCCACCUUCACCGACUCCGCGAUCUCCACCGUCCUAUCCCUAGUCCCCGCGUACGAAAUCCUAUCGCAGUCAACCGCUGAAAUUCUGCACGCCGCUCUUACCCUUCAUGCCAAGAUGGAGGCGGAUCGAGUCGAACAAAUCUUCUUGCACGCGUUCGCCAAAGGCGGAUUGAAGGACGAGCCGUAUUUGACGCUGGAGGAGACCAAGAUCUGGAUGGGCUACCUAGUAUCAGGACGCAUUGAUACGUUCAAAGACUGGCCUCUUGAGAUGCGUUUUUCUUGA